CUUUUGCAUAGGAAUGAAAAAAAAAGGUUGUAUUAUUUAUAAGGUGCUUUCACUUAGAAAAGAGCUUGAGUAGAAAUGAUCUAGAUUUAUCGUGUAUGUUGGAAAAUGUGGAGAAUGGAGAGAAGUUUGAAAGUAAAAUUUCAGUUGUGUCUGGGAGAUCGGUCAGGCAUUUCACGUUGGUAAAUUGUGUCUGGUUUUCAUUUCAGUAUUUUGAUUGGUUACUACAUUAGUGAAUAUGAUUGGUUACCAAGGUAACAAAUUUAGACCGUGCAAGGAAUGUGAUAGCAGAUAUCUCUUGCAUUGUCCCUUCUCAUUAUACCAUCUGUUGACUUAUAUGCGUCAGCCAGAGUCCUCGUGAUUUCCUUUCACCUCAGUGGUAAAUAGAAACCUCAUCGGCGCCAUGAAGAUGAUCAUGGUCCUAACCUUCUCUGUGUGGACUGCUUUUGCAAUCGACUUUCCUCUUCCUUUGGCCCACAAAGGAGAAGACUUCGAAGAGACAAAGGCCCAGUGCUCCAAAAACAUAUAUAAGUGCUGGAUUCUCCCCUACUUUAAGCCAAGUGAACCUAUAUGUGGCAGUGACCAUGUUACCUACAGUGGCGAAUGCCAUAUCUGCUCCAAAAUUCUAUAUGAAGGAUUUAACAUCACUAAGAUACAUGAUGGAUCAUGUAGAAACUCAACUUACUACUGAGUCUUCAGAUGGCCAAAUGAAGAACAAUGGUUAACUCUUCAAGAAUAUCCUCUUUUGAAGAGAAUUCUCACACUGGAGGAAACCAAUACUUAUGAUCAGAUUCAUUAAUAUGCUUUUUCAAUAAAAUGAUUCUUAGUAGAAAACCUGGCUGGCA